UCCGUCUCCAGUCUCUCCGGGGAGCCGAAGAACAGCUCGACAAAAUCCCAGCCAUGGAAGGCGACAACAUAAUAAUGCCUGUUUGACUCGGGGACAUUUACCAAGAUGCCAGGCCUUUUGUCCAGUCCUGUGUGUCUGACAGUCAUCUGGUUUUUAUCUUGGUCGCUGCAUCCUAGUUGUGCUCAGAUUUGGACUGAUGAAGUGUCAGGCACGCAGUAUGGGCACUUGGAGUCAAAUGUGACACUGGCAUGUGGGAAGUCACAAUUCAGGAUACCUGUGGUGUGGCAUCUCAACCACAGCUCAGCGUUGCCAUGGCACAAAGUAACAUCAGAUGGAGCCUUAGUCCUGCUGCACGUUGGCCACUCAGCACAGGGCAUCUACAGCUGCUAUGAUAACCGGGGACUGCUCCUCCACUCCAUCAAACUCAGGCUGGGUCAUCCCCCUGGGCUGCUGAGCAUUUCCUGUCAAGUGCCCAAUCACACUCAUGUUCGCUGCUCCUGGCUGGAAUCUGUAAAGACCUUCCUGCCAGCCCAGUACAAUGCCUCCUUCAGGGGCAAUGGUCAGGAGUGGAUGCCAUGUGUCAUGGAUGUCACCCGCAAGCAUUGUGAUGUAGAUCACCCCGCCUUCUGGCAAACCAUCCAUACCCUUCGAAUCACUGAGACCAAUGCCCUGGGGUCUGAGACAACAUAUGUCCGGUUUAAGUUACAUGAGCUAUUGAAACCAAACCCUCCAGAGUCAGUGUUCGCGAAGGAGCUAGAAGGUUAUCCAAAGAGGCUGAUCGUCUCGUGGAACUUUCCCUCCUCCUGGCCGCUGACUGAGGCUUUUCCCCUAGUGUUUCAGAUCAGAUACAGGCCGCAAGGCUCUAUAUACUGGUCAGAGAUUUACUCAGAGGAGAGUCCAGUUGUGAUAUUUGACGCCCUGGCUGGCCACCUCCACCAGGUGCAGAUACGAGCCCGUGACGAGGUGAACGCUGAGAGCCAGUGGAGUGAAUGGAGUCCCCUGCUUCUAGUCCGGCCCUGGGAAGUAUACACCACCCCAGACCCUGCAGAGCAGCUCCCACCAGAUGAAAGAUUUCCAGACUAUUUUUUUCCCUUCAACACAAAGCCCGAAACCUCGACUGCAAAAUCACACAAUCCUGUACUUGAGGAUGAAAGUAAUUUGGGUUUGGUGAUUCUGCUGGUUUUGUUCUCCGUGGUCAUCCUCAUCACCGUCCCUUCCCUUAUCUAUGUCAUGUGGGUGAGACAGAGGCGGCGCGAUCACGUUACCAAACAGGAACUCACCUCUAUGGUCAAGAUGAAGUCCAUGCCAAUCUAAUGUUGAUUUCAAGCAUCUUCUCCUCAUCAGCCCGUUCUAGGGCUCCUCCCAAGAGUCAGCCUUUGCCUUUACCAAUGUAGCGUGCUGACCGUCCACAUUCAACUACAUAAACAACAAUGCAUCAUUCAAGAGUCCAUCCAGGAUCCAGGACAACAAGGAUGAACCUGUAUAGGAAACUGUCACGUAGGGUGAAGUUGCCCAUGAUAUAAAAGCUGACUGAAGUGUGGGUAUUGCAAAAAAUCACAUGUGCAGGAUUUUCCUGGACUUAUUCAAUGGUUUCAUCUAGCUGCACUACCCAGAAUGCAUCAGCAGACUCACUCUACUGUCCAUGGGGACAUGGAAAACAGCCCGUACUCUGUUCCUUCACUUCAGCAGCUUCACUGCUGUUCACUCCUCAGCGGACUGUGGGAGCGACACUGCACCAGGAACUUUGGGUUCACUCACUACCGAUGCUGCUUCAGGUGGACUGACUCCUCCGCCUCUUUGGAGAGGGGUUACAUUGUUUUUAACCUUUGACAUUUCAAGCAACAAGUAAUGACAGGAAGUGCAGCUGCCAAACAGGAGAACAUAGGUUUGUUUUUGUGGGAAGAAGAUGAUUUUUUUUUUUUUUUUUUUUGUGGGACAAUUUGCUUCUCUUCUCCCACCCAGAACUCCUCACUUUCUUUAUUUUUGUUUGAGAUUUGAUUUUGAGACAGAUUAAUGUGUGUCCGUUAUUACAUCGACUGACCGACCGACUCAACGCUGUGAAGGAAUCAUAACUUCUGCCAGUCUCUCUGUGUGCGUCUGAUGCCAAAGCAGCAACUUCGGGCAUUAUGGUCUCAGCUGAGGGGCAGCAAACCUGUUUCUGGCUCCUGACCUGAGGGGACAUGGAGAAUCAG